CCAAACCAUAUAGGUACGUUUUUCUUUUAUCCUCUCUAAUUCCUCUAUUCUAUCUUCAGAAAGAAAGAAAAGACAAAGGUAAACACAACAGUGACAAAAAUCGCCGGAAAGUUCUACGGCUUUCAAAAUCACCGGUUUUUUUUUUGGGAGAUUUAAUGCAUCCCCAAAGAGAGGGUUGAAAGAUUGGUCUAGAUGGCGAGCUGCAUUCAGACAAAUGUUCACCGUCCUUCUCUCUUUAUUCCAAAAGUUUCGCAAUCAAGGUGUCAAAAUGAUGCACCGUUGUGUGUUUUACCAUUGCCCCGUGUUAAUGGUUCUUCUAUGAAGUCUUUGAAAUAUCCUCCAAAUGGUUUGAUGCAACAACAAUUUGCCACUUUAUUGAAGCACCAAAAAAGUGAGCCUGUGGUGAAGUACCGGAAUGGCUCAGCUGUUUGCUUGCUUGGUGGUGAAGAUAAGUCCGAAAAAGACAACCAGGGACUUGCGUGGAAUCCACUUGAAAAAGCUAUGGGAAGUUUCAAGGGACAAUCAAUAGAAGAUAUGCUGCGCCAGCAGAUUGAAAAACGAGAAUUUUAUGAUGGAGGCAGCGAAAAAAAUCCACCAAGUGGUGGUGGUGGGGGUGGGGGUGGGGGUGGAGAUGGUUCUGGAGAAUCUGAGGAUGAAGGUCUUGUUGGAAUCAUUGAUGAAACCAUGCAAGUGAUAUUAGCUACUAUUGGCUUUAUCUUUCUGUAUGUCUACAUUAUCAGUGGCGAGGAGCUGACUCGACUAGGGAAAGAUUAUCUCAAGUUUCUCUUUGGAAAAGGCAAAAGUGUUCGUUUGAAGAGAGCCAUGAACAAGUGGAAAAGAUUCUUCCAGUCGUGGAAUGAGAUGAAGGAAGAAGAUCCAUUUUGGUUGGAAAAGGAGAUUAUCAACACCCGGACAUGGUUUGACAGCCCAGAAAAAUACAAGGAGAUCUUCAGGUCUGUUUGAUCCCCUAAUGGCAACAGUAAUCUAGGCCCUGCUGGUAUCAAUUUUCUGGUCCGUACUUGGCAUUAUUGGUUCUACAUUGGAGCUAGCAAGACGUUCCAGAUUCCAUGACUAAAAGGCCAUUGAUGUAAGCCACAAGGGGCUUGAUGCCAGAUUGUGGGUUAGUAGCUUUCAGUUUUGUAUAAGAUUUGAAAUAUGAGAUCAGGGGAACACUAAAUUACUGGAACUGUUAAUUGAUUUUGAAUGAAGCGAAUGACUUUGCAGUCCUUGAGUUGCA